AUGGCCUUCAUCCGCGCCUACAAGCCCUCAGACUUUGAGGAUACCGCACACAUCGUAAGCCUCCCCACCUCACCUCCCUCUCACCCGGCAACUCACACAUCCCCAAAGUGCCGCGCGACCCUGCCCCCGUCCCUCGCCUCCUCGGAAGCGGGCCGCCUGCUCGCCCCCUACAUCUGGACGCACCAGUACACCCUCCUCUCCCCGUCGACGUGCCACGUCCUCGACGACGGGACGGGCCGCGUGGUCGGGUACUGCAUCGGGUGUCCCUCGGUGACGUCGCUCGCGGCGGCCUACCCGCGCUACGUGGCCGAGGUCCUCGAGACGGUGCCCGAGCUUCAAGGUCAUCGGCCGCGGAGCCUCGAGGCCAAGGCGAGUUGGAACUUGCCCUCGGGGGAGGUGAACGAGGAGGCGUUACUGCAGCAGGCGUGGAAGGCGGAGUGGCUCGUGUUGGGGGAGGAGAGGAGGGGGUUGUGGGAGACGUGGAGGGGCACGAUGCAUAUUGAUCUGUUGGAGGGGUGGCAGGGGAAGGGGUGGGGGAGGAGGUUGAUUGAGAGGUUUGAGGGGAGUUUGAGGGAGGCUGAUGAGAGUGAGGGUGAGGGUGAAGGUGAGGGUGGAAGGGAGAGGGUGUUUGGGAAGGGGUGGCAUAUUGGCAUCGGAGGGGAGAAUGAGAAGGUUGUGAGGUUUUACGAGAAGAUGGGAUUCCGGGUCUGGCCGAGUGCUGAGAAGGGGUCUAUUUGGAUGACGAAGGAUAUCGAGUAG